CUACGUGUCCACAUCGAUCAGAUGCUGAUGCUAAUUAACUCUCUAUUAUCGCGCUGUUCAUAGAAAAGAAAUUAGUAUCAAUUCAAAACUUAUUUUCUCACAUAUACAAACUAGAAUGUAUAAUCUUAUAUAUGAAGAAUAUAUAAUCUUGUAUAAAACUCUAGUAUAAAACACGAAGAAAUUAUAUACAGCUCCAUUAAAAAUAUCACGUUCCGUUAUUCAAGAAUAAUUUUCAUGCACUGAGAAGAAAAAAUAUUGGAUAUGAAAGGAACGGUAUCUUCAAAUUAAGAAUUAUAUCAGUAUCUUGUACUUGAGAAUCCCCAGUAAAAGCACCAACUAACAAUAACAUUGUUAUAAUUUCCCGCUGAAUAACUGUUAUAUACAACGCACAUUAUAUUGCACUUACGUUGUCGAGUGAGGAAUUAUAACAUCGUACGUAAUGUUACCGUUAGUUGGAUGUUUACUGGGAUAUGAGUCUUGAACAGACUACUAAUAUUUUGCCGAGGAAUAUUACGCGUCAGUCUUCCACCGAACAAUCUAUGCUCGAGCGAUCACGUAUCGUACUUUCGAAAGAUUUUUACCGUGUCCAUCGUUAUUCAUAUUAUUGCACGAAUAAUUACUCGGGCCGUUAUCGAGUUACUCAACUGCCAUUUAAUUUCGUCGGUGAUAAAACGUUACGAGGACUCGUCUUAAAAGUUUGUUCCCGGCGCUGAACGGGUCUGAUAAAUAUUCCACGCGGGAUCUACCGGAGCAACACUCAGCGACCAAGACGAAAACGCUCAAACCUGCGUCCUGCCUAAUUCCUUUUUUACGAACCACUCUCCCAACGAUAUCUGCAAAGUAUCGUGUGCUUAAAGAGUGGGAAGGUCUGUUUUUUCCAAGUGACACGUGUAUUGCGGAGCAGUUGCAUCUCUCGACGAGGAGAGGAGAGAACUCGUCGAAAGUUUCGGUCAGGAAAUCGAACACACACGCGCUCGUUUUUUCGGACGCGCCGGAUCACAAUAGCGGGUGCAAAGGGAACACGAAGCGGUGGUGACUCAGCCGAGUCCGGUAACCGGCUUCGCCCUCUUCUCUCCUCUCCGCUCUCUUUCACUGUCCCUCCCUCCUCCUCUCUCUCUCUCUCUCUCUGGUCUGCGUUCGAGCAGAGUUCGCGAGAGAGCGAACUCUUUCUCAGUCCCGUUUCUUUUUUUCCUCUCUCAUGCCGUAAUCCCGGUAUACCUGGCGGCGCCCCGCGUCCCGCUCGUCCUCUCCCCUCGGCCUCUCUUGUUUCCCAACACUCUGACACUUUCGAACGGAUCGCGCGGCGCGAGUCCAGGUGACUUCAUUGCGCGCGGCUCGCUCGGACGCGCAGGUGCAUCGGCCGAUCUCCUUCUCUUCCUCUCGUGUUCUCGCAGCUUCCCGAGGUCGGGUCGGCAAUCUCGAAGGAGGACCGCGCGAGAACUCCACGGGACCUUCCAAGGGGCUCCCCGCGUGCACCAUCGUCGGUCGGUCCGCACACCUGCGUUCAACGGAGCUGAAGAGAGAAAAAGAUGGCCGAGUAUUGCGAGUACAUGUGGGACCCCACGCGAGGUCACGGCAGCACCGCUCUGGCGCGCAGCAUUUACGAGGAGGACGCCAGAUUCGAUAAGCGCGACAAGAAACUGGCCAUUAAGACCGUCAGAGCUAUACUCCGGGAAAUGCCGGAUGUGGACUUGAAGCAUUGCACGGAUGAAUAUAUCACGCGUUUCCUACUGGCCCGGAAGUACCGCACCGAGCAGGCGGCCGCCCUGAUAGUCGCUUAUCAGUCGCAAAUCACGCACCGUCAGGACAUCUUCGGCAACCUCACUGCCCGCGACCCAGCCUUGCAACGCGCACUUCGCGCAGGCAUCCCGGGUGUCCUACCCGCCCGGGACAGGAAAGGCAGAUGCGUGCUGGUUAUCUUAGCGUCGCAAUGGGAUCCCAUAGCCGUGCCCGCAUUAUCCGUUCAACGAGCUAUCUUCUUAGUUCUGGAAAUACUUAUUCAGGAUCCCCGAAAUCAGCAAUCCGGUUUCGUCGCUGUGGUGGACUGGAGCGGAUUCUCGUUACGGCAGGGCGGUGCACUGGGCGCAGCGGCCGUGCGAAACCUAAUAGCCGCUCUACGUGGGCGAUUUCCUGCUCGAUUCAAAGCGAUACACUUCCUUUCAGCGCCGUUGUACGUACAGGCGACUCUGGCCCUGGUGAAGCCGUUCCUGGAUGAGAAAACGCGAAACAAGAUUUACCUGCACGGCAACAAUCUCAGCACGCUCCACGAACACCUGCCCACGGAUAUACUGCCGGCGGAGCUCGGCGGUACGGGACCAGCUUUCAACCCGGGAUUAUGGGCCGAGCCGGUCAUCCACUCGGCGAUGAAAGAGGCCGAGCUCGCCGUCGCCAAAAAGGGCAAAGAACACGUCGACGCGGACACGCAAGAACCGGCGCACCUUCGGGGGGACGGGUCGGAAACCGCAAACGGAAACCGUGAGAAGAGCGACGGAUCGUACAUCUCGGCGAAGCUGCGAGACGACGUUGCAAAAACGGCCUUCAACAGCAGCCCCGCCGCGAGGCAUUUCACCGUCAGGCCGCCGAGCGCGCGAGCGGACGUGGAACUGAACGUGAUAAACAGGCGGAUGAACAGCGAGGGAGAAGCGACGACGGAGCCAGCGACGAAGAACGACGAGGACGACGGCGUCAGGGAUCGAUUGGUGCGCGUCACCGAGCGAGUCGGUAACGAGAACGAGACCCGCCGUCGUUCCGAGGAUCGGACGGCUCGGCACGGCGAUACGGAUGAGUCGGCGUUUCUCGACGCGGAAUCCGAGAUCAACUCGAACGAGUUCGAAAUAAUAGCCAGCGAGGGCGGCUCGUUGGACAAUAGAUCGGUCAAAGCGACCCUAAUCGUUACCGGACGCAACACCGACGCACCGUCGGAAGAGACGAAUCUCAUAACGUAACGCAGAUCUCCGUAGAUCCGCAAUGCUUGUCGUAUCGCCGGAUCGGUCUCUUGGCGCUGAAGAUAGCUUUUAUGAUGAGAUGAUGAUACGCGAGCAUAGUAUUUUGAGAUAUCGUAAUAUUAUCGGUGUAACAGCUUUUCCUACAGACUAUUUUCUAGGCUGUAAUUUAACGCGACGCUCUCUGAUCGCAAUUUCCACUUAGGCUUAGGUAUACAACUUAUUUAUACAAAUGUUCCGAGAAUAUCAAGUGUGACAUUCGAGUUCUGAUAGAGAAAAACGAAAAAUUAUUAUGCGUUAUGUUAUGAUAAAUCUCUAGCUUGUAAUACUCCCGUAAUCCUUUCGCUACACGCGUUUGGUGUAUUGACAAUAUGAUUACGAUGAUUUCUGAAACUGCGGUACCUGCUUUCCUAUUCACACCAGGGCAGCUCACACUAAUUGGUAUUACAGCUGCUACAACAUAGACGAGGACUGUCUGCUUACUGUCUCGAUUAAGAAUUAUUCCUAUAUAUUUUGACAUCACAGAUGUCUUAACAAAGGAAUUUUCUCGUGAGAAUUCCUACGAACUGCAAACAUGUACAUCAUGUCAUUCACAAGUGAAUCGAAAUUGCGCUUCGUUACUUGCGUUAGUUGCGAAAAAUAAGUAUAUUUCCAAUACACAUUUAUUUAUAGCUUUCCAAGUGACUUGGGUAGACGCUUUAGAAAUAACGUAUAUUUGCGGAUUAAAGUAUAUAAUUUUCUUAGUAUUUUCUUAAUUAUAUAUAGAUAGGAGUGUUACAUCUCAGACAAAUAUCGAAAUUUAUUCUUCAGAUAAGGUCGUGCCUCGACUUUUUCGCAUAUUUGCACAUACUCUUUUACAUGUUUACAUGUCGAACGGUUCCACAGAUUUUAGAUUAGCUUUUAGAAGUGUUUCGGUUUGCGCAAAGAUAUUCAUAUCAACAAAGUGACUUGCGCUGUUCAACAUGGUAAUAUUGAAAAAACGAACAACGACUGCGAGAAGGAUACAAGUAUAUGGCGAGAUAAUAUAAUAAAAAUUUAUUUCGGUACAUAAAAUAUAUGUGUAUAUAUAUAUAAAUUCUCAACAUCAAUACAUGUUUUAAAUAACAUCAAAUGUCUUAUCAUAUUACCAAAAGCACCCUGCUACCAUUUGUGUAUGAUUUCACAUAUAUGUUACGUAUGAAAAUAGAAAACUCUCUCUCUCCCUCUAUAUAUAUAGAUGCUGUGUGAUAUAUAUAUAUAAAUAUUGCGAUUCAACACAUAACUGGAGAAAGAGUAUAUUUAUAUACAAAUAUCCUCUCACACACAUUUAAUUUCUUGUUUCGAGGAUGAAUUUAUCCUUUUUUUUUUUUAUAUAUAAGAAUACAAGUACAUGCUGAAAUUAGCAUUUUAUAUUGAAUCACACUGUUUUCCAAUACUAGUACAGAUCACAAUCACAUUAGCAAUGCAGUAAUGCUUGUUAACAUCGCUCGCGAUUUCAAGGGUUCUUAAUAAACAAAUACACUCACACGAUUAAGAAGAGACACAUCUUGAUAUUCUAUACAAUUAUUUCCUCGGGCCUCCGUAAAUGCAGUAAUAACCGUAAACGUAUUAUGAGAGUUACGGAAUAUAUCAAGUAUUGUAAGAAAUUAUAUAUUUCGUAUUAAAUGCAUGUUACGCAUCUCCAUAUA